AUGCGCUCUGCAUGCUCUGCCGCACACGGCUGUGAGUCGAACACACGCGCGAGCUCUAGCGCCACAAUCAUUGCGGUGUGCUCAGGUGACAACCCGCUUGACCCUGCAGAGGACGAGGGGGACGAGACACACCUUCGCCUCCGGCGCAGCGCCAUCAUGUAUUCCGCUCGCCCUUCUGCCCGCUGCGGGUGCCACAGCACGCUGGGCACCGCGAAGACUGCGGCUACCGUCAUGACGUUCUGCAGGUACUGCACCGCCACUUGA